UCUCUCUCUCUUCUCCCUCUCUCUUCUUUCUCUCUCUUCCCUCUCCCCGUUCGAUGUCGCCGACGAUUUGCUAAGCUUCGUCAAGGUCGCAGAAGGGAAUCGAAUUUCGUUGAAGGAUACUGGAAACCGAUGGCUGCACCACCGGCAAGGGCUCGUGCUGAUUACGAUUACCUCAUUAAGCUUUUGCUUAUUGGCGAUAGCGGUGUGGGAAAGAGUUGUCUGCUUCUGCGUUUUUCUGAUGGUUCUUUCACAACCAGUUUUAUCACCACAAUUGGUAUUGAUUUUAAGAUACGAACCAUUGAGCUUGAUGGGAAGAGAAUCAAAUUGCAAAUCUGGGAUACAGCUGGUCAGGAACGUUUCCGGACUAUCACAACAGCUUACUAUCGAGGAGCCAUGGGAAUUUUGCUGGUUUAUGAUGUCACUGACGAGUCAUCUUUCAACAACAUUAGGAAUUGGAUUCGCAAUAUUGAACAGCAUGCAUCUGAUAAUGUGAACAAGAUACUGGUAGGAAAUAAGGCUGAUAUGGAUGAAAGUAAAAGGGCUGUGCCUACUUCUAAGGGUCAAGCUCUUGCUGAUGAAUAUGGAAUCAAAUUCUUUGAAACCAGUGCAAAGACAAACAUGAAUGUCGAGGAGGUUUUCUUUUCAAUUGCCAGGGACAUUAAGCAAAGGCUUUCAGACACUGAUUCCAAGUCAGAGCCUCAAACAAUCAAAAUAAACAAGCCAGACGCAGGUGGUGGCGAUGGUCAAGCCGCUCAAAAGUCAACUUGCUGUGGCUCGUAAAAUGGUAGUAGAAGAUCAAACCAAUUGAAAGAGCGAAGACGCUCUUCAUUUCGUGGUGGUGCCUUCUGGGAACAAAAUCAAAGCCUCUGGUGAGACUACUGUGGUGGGGCUUUUGUUCAUCCAUGCUUAUGUGUUUGAUUGUUUCUUUUUGUUCCUCUACUUUGGCAGAAGACAGUCUGAUUUUCCAUUUUCUUAUUUUUUUUUAUAUAUUGGAGGUUGGGAUUUAGGACUCUUCUAUUAUUUUACGUUACGUGUUGUUGGUGUAGAUAGAUAAUCAAGAUUCUUGAAGCAUUUUCUUUCUUUAGGAGCAGGGAAGAAUGAUGGUCUCUGCUGCAUCAGUUGUUCUGUAAUUGGGAUUAUAAGACCCUUUCUUAACGCCCAACUCUAAUUGGAAUUAUUGAAUGUUGUUAACUCUUGGACGAUGCUAAAUCCAUGCAAUUAAUUUCCUUGGCUUGUUGGAUUA